CUGGUCGGUUUACAAUCGGGUCACACACACUGACCACUGACCAGUCUUUAUAUAAAGAGAGGCGAUUGUGCUGUUUCUUAAGAACCAACCGAUUAAAUUUCUUGAAAAAAAGUCUGAUCUGAUCGAUCAAUUUGCUUCGUUUUUAGUUGUUUUUUGAUCUUCUUGUGAAAUUGUAUGGCCGCCAAUUCGAAGAGUACUCAAGGGAUCGCUAUCUUGGGAAGGCGAGUUGCUAAGCAGAUCUGGACCGUUCAUUCUUCUCGCCGUGCUUCUGCUUCUUCUUCAGCUGCUAGGAGGGCAGCACACACAUCUGCAUACGACAAGAACCCUGACGAUCAAUUGCGUCCAAGUGCAGUCCCAGAAGAUGUGAUCGACCCCCAAUCCGACAAGUAUUGGGCACCACACCCUCAAACUGGUGUUUUUGGGCCUGUCACCGAGAAAGGCGGAGAGGGUGGCUUCUCCACCUCACCUGACAGCAGCGGACAGGGUAUACUGGAGGAGAAGGCCUGGUUCCGUCCUACCAGUCUCGAGGACUUGGAGAAGCCCCACCACGUCUGAGACCAUAUGUAUAUACAGUAUUCCCAAUAAAUGGUGUGAAACGUUACGAAUUGACUUACUAGCUUAAUGUGGAUCAGAUAAAACUGCAGAAUUAGUGUUUGGUUGCCGUCGUGACAACUAUAGUUACGUACGUACGCGAACUAUUAUUUGUUCAAUCGGUGUUAUGCGAUGGGUGAUGUAUGGAUGGUUUUUGGAUUAUGUAUUGAUAAGUUUGUUUGUGA